AUGACUGAUUCUACUGAUUCUUCCUGUUCGAAUGAUUUUGAUGAAACCAAUGAUUCUUCCUCUACUGUUACUGAUCAACUUGAAUCUAAUGAUCCCUAUUAUUCUACCGACGUGUGUCAACCAUCCGACCAAUCGGAUUCCAAAGAUAAAGAAAGUUUAAAAAGAAAACUUUCAGAAACUGCUCCAAUUGACGAGCCAUCAAAGCUCGAAAAAUCGGACAUUUCAGAUACACCCUCAUUUUUGGAUAUAAUUAAAUCUGUUGUGAAGGACGACCCUAAUAAGGUGGACAAUUUUAACGUAUUGACAAACACAAAAGAAUAUGAUUGUCCUAUUGCCAAGCUGGCAAAAUUAAAUCCCGGAGACUCUUUUUUAAAGGCUUCAAAGGUUGAUAACUUUUCUGAUUUCAACCAAACUGAUAAUAAACCUGAAACACCAGGAACAUCUGAGAGUACUGAAGAAAAUGGUAACACUGAAGAGGAAAAAACUGUUUUGGAAUCUUCUAUUUCUGAAGAUGAAAUUCUUCUACGUGAAAUGGUAUUUUAUCUACUAGUAACAAGUAUUUAG